CGCCUUUCCAUCCAUCACCCACCGUCGCCGCCACUAAUUACCCAUAGCAUAUACGAUACGUAGACCAUGUCCGGAAAUGCUUCACCCUCGCCGCCGGCGAGUCCGGAGAUUGAUGACGGCACAAAGACGGUUAUUGGGAUUGCAUUCGGGAAUACUACAAGUUCUAUUGCCUAUACUACUCCAGAUGGCAAAGCGGAGGUUAUCGCGAAUGAAGAAGGAGAUCGACAAAUUCCUUCAGUGCUAUCAUGGGUCGGUUCGGAAGAGUACCACGGAACACAGGCGAAAUCGCAUCUGAUUCGGAAUGCGAAGAACACCGUAGCGUACUUCCGGGACUUCCUCGGGAAGAAGUACUCCGAGAUCGAUCCUACGAAUAGUCACAACUCUGCUCACCCAUUGGACGUCGAUGGCGUGCCAUCAUUCAACCUUCAGCAGGCGGAUGACGAGACUGUUUCCACCGUUAGCAUAAAUGAAAUCACCACGAGACACCUUAUCCGGCUUAGGGAUUCGGCGUCGGACUUUUUGGGGCGCAAAGUUACUGGUGCGGUGAUCACUGUUCCGACCGACUUUUCGGACACCCAGAAGGAGGCGCUUGUUGCCGCGGCUAAGGCUGGUGAGCUUGAGGUUCUGCAGAUCAUCCACGAGCCGGUGGCAGCCGUCCUUGCGUAUGCCGCUAGGCGGACACCCGAAGCGCAGGGCGUCGACAGGAAUAUUUUGGUAGCGGAUCUUGGAGGUACUAGGUGUGAUGCUGCUGUUGUCGCAUCUAGGGGUGGGAUGUACACCAUUCUUGCGACGGCUCAUGAUUAUGGACUUGGCGGGCUGAGGCUUGAUGAGGUGCUUGUGAAUCACUUUUCGAAAGAGUUUAUCAAGAAGCACAAGGUUGAUCCGGGAAAUGAGAGAUCGCUUGCGAAGCUGAGGCUGGAGGCUGAGGGGACGAAGAGGACUUUGUCGUUGGGCACCUCGGCAACCAUUUCCAUCGAGUCGCUUGCUGAUGGAUAUGACUUCCACUCUACCAUUAACAGACUGCGGUACGAACUUUCCGCGAAAAAGGUGUUCGACCAGGUUGUGUCACUCGUAGAGAAUGUUGUAAAGAAAGCGGAGCUGGACUUGUUAGACAUUGGCGAGGUAAUCCUCUCGGGCGGCACCUCGCACACCCCCAAAAUCGCCUCUCGCAUCGCCGCCCUCUUCCCAGAUUCGGUGCCCGUAAACGCCCCAGCAACCCUUACAACGGCACUCAACCCAUCAGAACUCUCGGCCCGCGGUGCAGCAAUCCAAGCUUCGCUAAUUGCUGAAUUUGACAAGGAAGACAUCGAGCAAUCUACCCACCCGGCAGUAACCGUAGCCCCCCACCUCUCACAUCCAAUCGGCGUCGUAAUCGGUGAAGACAACAGCUUCCAGACAAUACUCGAAGCCCAGACCGCAGUUCCCGCUCGGAGGAUCGCUCAAUUUGACGUUCAGGCUGACGGCGACGUGAUUGUUAGAAUCUGCGAGGGUAUUAGAGAAAUUGUGGUUGAGAAGGUUGAGCGACAAGUCAAUGUCAUUGCCGAAGCAGCCAUCAGGGGCGCCAAGAGAGGCGGGAAAGUCGAAGUUACUAUCAAUGUCGGCUCGGACCUUGGCCUGAAUGUUGCUGCCAGGGUGAUUGGCACCCAAAUUGGGGUUAGGGGAGAGGUUAAGCCCGAGGCCGGAUCUGCGCAGUAAUCUAUUUAUGUGGCUGUACGUGCACGUAGAAUUAGGUACAAAAGUUUUAUUGCUUGCUAUUAAAGCGGGAUGUCCUGUUCUUUUUUUACACUUUUUUCUUUUCUAUAAACCCUAUGUGUGUUUGCUUUUUAGUUGCCGUUUUUCCAACUCAGUAAUAGAUUGUGUCGAGCUUGAAAUUGAUCGAUUGGAUGGGUGGUCAUGUUAUCGCUCCUGAUUUAUAUACGG